AUGGGUAAACUUAGAAAAAGUAAGAAGAAUCAAAAAGCAAGAUUGAAUCCAAUAGGAUCAUCCAAAAAGAAUAAUACAGACACAAGCAAAAGAGAUGAAAAUACUAUUCAAUCUAAAAUAGUUCCAUUAAUUAAUAAAUUAAAAUCAACAAUUCCUAAUGAAAAGUCAAUGGCUAUUGGUGCUAUAACUGUAUUAGCUGAAGAUGAACGAAUGAGAAAAUUAUUAUUAAAAGAAAAAUUAAUCACUAUUGUAAUGGAACAAUGUUUAAAUGAUUCAAAUGAUGAAAUUGUAGUUGAAUCAUUUGGGUUAUUAAGAAAUUUAGGAAUUGAAGAAGGUUAUGAUGUUUUAAAAUAUUUAUGGAGAUCAAAUAUUUGGAUUACAAUUGAAAAUGGAUUAAAUAAAGUUGAUACUUCUUUUAAAUAUUUACAAGAACAUCCUGAUAAACAAGAUAAAUCAAAGGUGCAAUUAUUAUAUGAUUUUACGGAAAAUCUUUUAUCAUUAAUUAUUGUUUUGGCAAGUGGUUCACAAGAUAUUUAUGAAAGUAUAUUUAAUAAAAUUGAUCCAAUUAUUGGAUUUGUCGUUAAUUUAAUUAAUUUACAAAUCUCCAAUGAAUCUAAAUUCAAAAUAUCAACUAAAUUAUUUAAUUCAUUAUUAGAAUUCAUUUAUGAAUUUUCAACUGAAUCAAUUGAUUUUAUAAAGAAAUUAAAUGAAAAUUCCAAUUUAGAUUUUGUUAAAUUAAUUGAAUAUGUUGAAAGUAAUCAAUCAAAUAAAUUAGCCAAUAUUUAUAUUGAAGGUAUUAAAUUUAAUAAUUAUGAAAUCUUAGAAACAAAUCAUCAAGAUAAAGAUCAAAUUGCUCAAUCUAUCUUUAUAAGAUUAUAUAAUCUUAUUAUAGAUAUUGAUUUGAAUGAAUUAAAACAAAAAAUCAAUUCCAUUAGUAAUCCAGACAAUUCCAAUAAACCAAUUCAAAAAGACGCAAAUACUUUGGAAAAAGACUUAUCAUCAUCAUCUAUAGAAACCAAAUCACAAACUAAAGCUGAAUUAUAUUCACUUGAAAUUUCAUUAGAUAUAAUUACAUCAAUUUUAGAAUAUUUAUCUAUAAAUGAAGAAUCUCCACAAGAUCCAAUUGAAUUAUCACCAGAAUUACAAACAAUUUUAUUAGAUAAAACUUUCAUGGCCUUAAUUGAAUUACUUAAAUUUGAAAUUAAUGAAAAUAUAUUACAAUUAAUUGAAAAGAUUUUGAGUGCUUUAAAUAAUUUAACUUGGUUAAUGUUAAGUAAUGAAACAUUACCAGUUGAAUGGUAUACUAAAUCCCUCUCAUUAUGGGAUAUUAUUCUUACAUUAUCUUCCAAACAAGAUCAAUCUCCAGUGGUGCAAAAUUCUUGUUUGAAUAUCUUAUGGGGGGUUGUGAAAUCGCUUGGACCAGAAAUCGUAUCUGAGAUCCAACCAGAGAUGAUCGGGGGUUUGAUAACAAAGGCAAAGAAUAUCCUUGGAGAGACUGAAAGUAAUACUACAGAUGAUGACAGUUUAAAUAUGUAUUUAUCAAUUGUUGGGUUUUUAGGUACAUUAGCCCCAAUAGUGGGUAAUAAUGACAUUACAAAUGAAAUUUCCCAAUUCUUAUUACAAUCAUGUCAAGAAUGUAUAAAUAAAUCGGAACAAAAUCCAAUCAUUAUAGAAAUUAUAAUUGAAUCAUUAAAUUUAAUUUAUGAAAUCUUUAGUGAUAAAGAUUUCUCAUAUGAUUAUGAAAUUUUUGUUAAACAAAAUUAUUUAAGUAAUUUGAAAAAUUUACAACCUAAUGUUAAACAAGUUUAUAAAAAAAUUGAUAAACAUAAACAACCUCAAUUGAAAUUGAAAAUGGAAGAAACUUGGAUUAAUCUUGGAAGAUUUAUUCAAUACAAGGAAACAGAACGUAUUUAG